AUGGCAGCAUCUUCAGAUCGCGCGUCACUAGACGCCAGGCCAGCCACUCUCCCACCGACAGACGAUAACUACCACACCAGCACCGAGAGCACGACAGACGAGGAGAAGGCAACCAUCGACAAUGUUCCUGCCGCCAACGACGAUGACGAGUACCCUUCCGGCAUGCCUCUGGUCUUCAUUGUUGUUGCCCUAGGCAUGGCCAUGUUCCUAGUAGCGCUUGAUAUGACCAUUGUAGCCACAGCCAUCCCGAAGAUCACAGACGAGUUCCGCGGUCUCUCCGAAGUCGCCUGGUACGGCUCAGCCUUCUUCAUGACUGUGGGCGGUUUUCAGUCGGCAUGGGGCAAGGCAUAUAAGUACUUCCCUCUCAAAAUCACAUUCCUCGCAGCCAUGUUUAUCUUCGAGGUUGGCAGUCUCAUCUGCGGUGUCGCACCCAACUCGACCGCCCUGAUCGUGGGCCGUGCCAUUGCUGGAGUCGGCGCUGCUGGCCUCGGCUCUGGCUGCUACACACUGAUCGCGUUUUCCGCUUCCCCCGUGAGGCGUCCUAUGUUUACUGGCAUCAUUGGUGCUUCUUACGGGAUUGCCUCUGUCGUCGGUCCUCUGAUCGGCGGUGCUUUCACCGACCACGUCUCGUGGCGUUGGUGUUUCUACAUCAACCUCCCCAUUGGUGGUUUCUCCGCUGCCGUCAUCACCUUCUUCUUCACGACCCCAAGCAAGUCCAAGCCUGUUGAUGCGCCCCUGCGGGAGAAGCUCAUCCAGAUGGACCCACUCGGCACAGUCCUCAUUAUGGGUGCCAUUAUCGCCUACAUCCUGGCUAUGCAGUACGGCGGUCAGAGUGAUUCAUGGAACUCGGCUACCGUCAUUGGUCUCCUCGUCGGCUUUGGCGCCAUUCUCAUCGUCUUCGCUUUGUGGGAGGUCUACAAUGGCGAGCGGUCCAUGAUUAUCCCGCGUCUGGUUAUGAAGAGGACCGUCUGGGUCAACGCCCUCUACGCCUUCCUCUUUGCUUCGUCCUACUUCAUCAUCAUCUACUACCUGCCCGUCUACUUCCAGAGCAUCGACGACGUGUCCCCCACCAUGUCUGGGGUCCGCAACAUCCCCAUCAUUGUGGCCGUCACCUUUGGCACAAUCUUCUCAGGUGCCUUCAUCUCGAAGACGGGCAUUGCUACGCCUCUCAUGGUUGGCAAUGCUGCCGUCGCCACGAUCAGCGCUGGCCUCAUGUACACACUCGACAUUGGCACUGAUGCGGGCAGGUGGAUCGGCUUCCAGAUCCUCGCUGGCGCUGCCUUCGGCAUUGCCUUCCAGAUCCCCAUGAUUCACGCCCAGGGCAACGCGGCCGUCGAGGACUUGGCCGUCACUACUGCCUUGCUCAUGUUCUUCCAAACCGUCGGUGGAGCCUUUCUCCUCUCUGGUGCCCAAUCCGCGUUCGUUAACGAGCUCCUCGCCAAUCUGCCGCGGUACGCACCUGAGGUCAACCCCCACCAGCUCAUCGCUACCGGCGCCACGCAGAUCCGUGCAACAUUCCCAGCCGACCAGGUGCCCGGCAUCCUCCAGGCAUACAUGGCCGGCAUCCGAGUGACCUUUGCCAUUGCCACUGCGUCUGUCGGCCUUGCCUUUGUGGUCAGCCUGUUCAGCAAGUGGCAGCGGCUCAACCCGGAGGCUGUCAAGAAGGCAUCUGGCGGUGCUUAA